UCUAUCAUUCUAUCGUUCAUAAUUGUCUGCGGCUUGCUGCUGAGUGUUGGGCUGAACGAAUGUUCAGUCUCUCAUCGUCUAUGGUCGUGUGCGCAGCAUCAACAACGCGCAAAUCGGAAUAAACUUACAUUUUCUGUCGGAUACCAAAAGGCAGUAAGUUAAAUCGGGAAAGUGAGAAAGUGGCUAAGAAAAAAGGAAAUAUGUAGAAAAAGCUAUUGUGGAAAUGUUAAAAUACGUGCGUAGCGAAAAUGCAAAAAGCGGGCGGAUUUGUGUAACGCAAAUGUAAGGUUUUAUGUGAAAUGUUUCAUUGCUCGGAAGUUGUGGUGUUGAUUAGCUUUACAACAUACUCCGCACCGAAAACGAAACACCAAAGUAUGUAAAUGGAUAAAAGUGCAGGUAAUUGAUGUGAAAAAUAAAAAAAUUGUAGCGGCGCAGUGUGCAAUAAAUAGUGGAUCAUAAGCAAAAGUAAAAAUAAAAAAAUCCCACCAAGAAAAAAUUUAAAAAGUAAAAGUUACAAAAGCCGUGCAAUUAAGAAAACUUGCUUAAAAAGUAAAAGGCAAAAAUUGCACUAAAUUAACAAAAAAUAUUAAAAAGAAAAUAAUAUCAAUUUUUUUUUUAUAAAAAAUAAAUAAAAAAUUCCUUAAACGUUACCUUUGGUACCAUGCUGCAGUGACGUGUAAGUGUGUGUGUGCAGAAAAGCUUCUUCAAAGCAGUAAACAGUGUGCUGAUAUAUUUUACGUGAAAUCAGCGUAAAACAGUAAUCAAAUAAGUAGAUGAAAAAUAAAUUAUAAUUAAAAAAGUAAAUAAAUAAAUUAAAAAUUAGAUUUUGUAGUGAAAAGUGAAAGACGGACGCACAGCGGAUUAUUGUGUGUGCACGGUGUGAACGCUUUCUUGUUGUUGGUUAGUUAAUAAUGUGCAGUAGUGCGACUCUGCAGCAGCAGCGCCAACUGCUGAACCGACAGCUGAUGACGGCAACAAUAACAAAUGAUUCAUUUAAUAGCAAUUAAAUAGAAUGAAAAAGACGAAAGAUUAGCAAUGCAAAGGAAAAUGCUGAAAAAGUAGUGCAAAAAGGUGAAGAGAAACAAAUGAAAAGUGGUAGAUUUAGAAAAAUUGGCGCCACUGUAGGUAGAGUAGCGAUAAUACUAAAAAGAAAAUAAAGCAAGAAAAAGAAGAAGCAGUAGCAGUAAUGUGAAUAGCGAAACAGCUAUUCGAGUAGAGAAAGAGCGCGAUCAAAUGCUACACGGAAUUUAAUAAUAUAAUUAAGAUUUUUACGAAGGAUCUCAGUCAUUCCAUACUACAAACGAAACGACUCGUUUGCUGACGCUGGAAAAAUCAACUCACGCAAAACAUAUUGAAUUAUAGAAAAUAUAAUUGCUAAUAAAUAUACUUAAAUAUUUAAAACUAAAAAAAAAAAUUACUAUAUAAAAAUGUAAAUUCACUGUCUUGAAGCAGAAGCAAAAGGGAGUUUGCGAAAUGCCUCUGAAAAAGUAGUACUACAACCAAAAUGAUAAUCUAGUCGCAAGAGCCAAGCAGGAACUGGUUUCCUGUUUAACUGCUUGUCCAAGCACUGUGCUAUUCAAGCACGCACGCGCUAACUCGCACGCUCACCAGCUUCAGCUUUAGAUGAAGAAAUAAAACCAACAGCGUAUUUCCAUUGUAAAUAAAUAAAUGAAUAAAUAUAUAAAGGAAAAAGCCUACGUAUAUUAAUCGUUGUUAGUUGAGCGUUAAACCGGAAGCCAUACACAAUGACAAAAAAGUACGAAUUCGAUUGGAUUAUACCCGUGCCGGAGGAACUGACCACUGGCUGCGUUUUCGAUCGCUGGUUUGAGAAUGAAAAGGAAACGAAAGAGAAUGACUUCGAGAAGGAUGCCCUGUUCAAAGUGGACGAAUAUGGAUUCUUUUUGUAUUGGAAAAGCGAUGGAAGGGAAGGAGACGUCAUCGAAUUGUGUCAAGUAAGCGACAUAAGAGCGGGCGGUGUACCGAAGGAUCCAAAAAUUCUCGAUAAAGUGACGAAAAAGAAUGGCACCGAUCUGGUGGCAUUAGACAAACGUUCACUGACAAUAUGUUCGAAUACAGAUUAUAUAAAUAUAACAUAUCAUCAUGUUAUUUGUCCGGAUGCGGCAGCGGCAAAGAUCUGGUUGGAUGGCAUACGAAAAAUCACACAUAAUGUUAAAGCAAAUAAUAUUUGUCCGAUGAUGUGUUUGAAAAAACAUUGGAUGCGCUUAUCUUUCUCCGUGGAAAAGGGUGGCAAGAUACCCAUCAAAGUGGUGGCGAAAACUUUUGCUUCUGGUAAAACAGAAAAGUUGGUGUAUCAGUGCUUCAAGGAAGUCGGACUACCGGACGAUAAAAGCGCCACCAUGACCAAAGAAGAGUUCACAUUUGACAAAUUCUAUGCGCUAUACCACAAGGUGUGCCCACGCAAUGACAUCGAGGAGCUCUUCACUUCCAUCACCAAGGGCAAAUCGGAAGUAAUUUCGAUGGUGCAGUUCGUACAGUUCAUGAAUGAAAAGCAACGUGAUCCACGUAUGAAUGAAAUUUUAUAUCCCCUCUAUGAUGAGAAACGUUGUACGGAGAUCAUCAACGAUUACGAAUUGGACGAGGAGAAGAAAAAGGCUGGUCAAUUGUCUAUGGAUGGCUUUAAGCGCUAUCUCAUGUCCGAUGAGAACGCGCCUGUAUUUUUGGAUCGUUUGGAAAUGUAUAUGGAAAUGGAUCAUCCAUUGGCUCACUACUACAUCAACAGCUCACAUAAUACUUAUUUGUCGGGUCGUCAGAUUGGUGGUAAAAGUUCAGUGGAAAUGUAUCGGCAGACACUACUGGCGGGAUGUAGAUGCGUUGAAUUGGACUGCUGGAAUGGGAAAGGUGAAGACGAAGAACCCAUCGUAACUCACGGACACGCCUACUGUACUGAAAUUUUGUUCAAAGAUUGCAUUCAAGCCAUCGCCGAUUGUGCAUUUGUCUCAUCUGAGUAUCCGGUUAUAUUAUCCUUUGAGAACCACUGCAAUCGGGCGCAACAAUAUAAAUUAGCUAAAUACUGUGAUGACUUCUUUGGGGAAUUACUACUAAAGGAACCGUUGCCCGAACAUCCGCUCGACCCCGGUUUACCGCUCCCACCGCCUUCGAAAUUAAAACGCAAAAUUCUGAUUAAGAAUAAGCGCAUGAAACCGGAAGUCGAAAAGGUCGAACUGGAACUCUGGUUAAAGGGUGAAUUGAAGACGGAUGACGAUCCAGAGGAAGAUGCGAGUGCCAAACCACCAGAAACUGCACCACCACCUGAGGCUGCUGCUGCGCCACCAGCAGGCGAACCAGGAGCGGAUGGUGCUGCACCUGAAGCGGAAGCGGCAGCAGUCAAUUACAGCGGCUCCACGACGAAUGUACAUCCUUGGCUGUCAUCAAUGGUCAACUAUGCGCAGCCCAUUAAAUUUCAGGGCUUCGAUAAGGCUAUUGAGAAAAAUAUCGCUCACAACAUGUCUUCAUUCGCGGAAGCGGCGGGCAUGAACUACCUAAAACAGAGCUCUAUCGACUUUGUCAAUUACAACAAACGUCAAAUGUCGCGCAUUUACCCGAAGGGCACACGCGCUGAUUCUUCCAACUAUAUGCCGCAAGUGUUCUGGAACGCUGGCUGUCAGAUGGUCUCGCUCAAUUUCCAAACCUCCGAUCUGCCCAUGCAAUUGAAUCAGGGUAAAUUCGAAUAUAACGGUGGCUGUGGCUACCUGCUCAAGCCGGAUUUCAUGCGUCGCUCAGAUAAAGAUUUCGAUCCGUUCGCCGAUGCGCCUGUGGAUGGUGUAAUCGCAGCGCAGUGCUCGGUGAAAAUUAUUGCCGGUCAAUUUUUGUCGGACAAAAAGGUCGGCACCUACGUCGAAGUGGAUAUGUUCGGUCUACCUUCAGACACGGUGAAGAAAGAGUUCCGUACACGUUUGGUGCCUAAUAACGGAUUGAAUCCCGUGUACAAUGAGGAUCCGUUCGUCUUUCGUAAAGUGGUGCUGCCCGAUUUGGCUGUGUUACGUUUCGGCGUCUAUGAAGAGAGUGGCAAAAUGAUCGGCCAACGUAUAUUGCCAUUGGAUGGUCUGCAGGCGGGCUAUCGCCAUGUAUCGCUGCGUACUGAAGCGAAUUUCCCAAUGUCGUUGCCUAUGCUUUUCGUCAACAUCGAAUUGAAGAUUUAUGUACCUGAUGGCUUUGAAGAUUUCAUGGCUAUGCUGUCGGAUCCAAGAGGAUUUGCAGGCGCUGCGGCGAAACAAAAUGAACAAAUGAAAGCACUUGGCAUUGAAGAGCAAAGCGGUGGCGCAGCGCGUGAUGCGGGCAAAGCCAAGGAGGAGGAGAAGAAAGAACCGCCACUUGUAUUCGAGCCGGUAACGUUAGAAUCGCUGCGCGGUGAGAAGGGCUUCCAGAAGGUGGCCAAGAAGCAGAAUAAGGAAUUAGAUACGCUGAAGAAGAAACACACCAAGGAGCGUAUGACCAUACAGAAGAAUCAAAAUGCAGCUAUCGAUCGACUCAUCAAGGGCAAGAGCAAAGACGAAAUACGCAAUGACACUACGAUCAAGAAUGCCAUCACUGAACAGACGCAACAGUGGACCGAAAUGAUUGCCAAACACAAGAAGGAGGAAUGGGAUAUGUUGCGCCAGCACGUACAGGACUCACAAGAGGCAAUGAAGGCGUUGAUGUUGACAGUGCAGGCGCAACAGGUCAAACAGCUGGAGGAGCGACAUGCGCGUGAUAUUAAGGACUUGAAUGCCAAGCAAGCCAAAACCUCAGCUGACACCGCAAAAGAGGUACAAAAUGAUAAAACGCUUAAGACGAAAAAUGAAAAGGAUCGGCGUUUGCGUGAGAAGCGACAAAACAAUAUCAAACGCUUCAUGGAGGAGAAAAAGCAAAUCGGUGUUAAACAGGGACGUGCUAUGGAAAAACUAAAAGUUGCACACACGAAACAAGUUGAGGAAUUUAGUACUGACGUGCAAAAGCUGCUCGACAUGUACAAAAUGGAGGAGGAGGCCUACAAAAUACAAGGCAAGUCAGAAUUCUAUGCCUAAAACUCGUCCCUUCAAGAACAAGGACCACUUUUAUAACACUUGCCAAACGCUGCGAAAGGAAAAGUUGCAGAAAAGAAGCGCUUACACUGAAGUCCUCUGACAGCCGUAUGUCAAAUAAUCGAAACAGUUACUGGAACUGGAAUUCAGCUGUACUUUUACAAAAGGUCAAAAUGCAAUCGAAUUAUCAAGUAUUUACUAUUUAUUUAAUUAUUUAUGGCAAGAAGAAACAUUAAAUAAAAAAAAAAAAAAAAAAAAAAACAAGAAA